GCCAGCAGCCACAAAGCAAGGAAACUCAUCUGGAUUUCUGCUUCCCCUCAGCAGCCCUUCCAGACUGUUCCGGGACCACUUGAAAAGCAGUUCAUUUUUAACUGGAGAAAAAGAACAUCCUCCUCCUCCUUCCUGCAUUGUCAGACAGGUGCUUGCUCAAGGGAGAGCUUUGAAAUCCAGCCAGGCAAGACAAAGAGCUCCAGCAAGAAAUAACGAGGCUGAGCCCAGGCUGUCACUUGGGGGAUGGUCCUGAAAGCAUCCCUGUCACCUUGGCAGGCACAGGCUGACAGUGGCUGUCUCUGGCCUCACGGGGAGCUGGAUGUGGAACAGGACGCAGGCUGCAGUGCAGGGUGGUGGCUGCAUGAGGGAGCAGCACUGCCCUGGAGAUGCUGUGGGUGGUGGAACACACCUGGGCUUUCCCUGUGUGCAGGUAACACGGAGGAAACAGACCCAAAAUGGAAGAUCCUGGCAUGUUCCCGCUGGUUCCUUGGGGAUUGUCCUAGCACCCUCAAGGCUGUCACCUCUUCUCUCCCAGGUGGCACUUGGCAUCUCCUCUGCAGAGGAAUGGUCAAUUUUGACUCAUCUGGGGAAAAAAAAAAAAAAAGAUAAAAAAAGAAAUCGAUGUCCUUUCCUCCAGCAAGACUCAAAAUAGGAGCUGUUUCCUCCCUGGGAAAAGGAAAUCCCCAGCUCCCCACUGAGGACUGGACUGAUCCAGGAUUCUCAGCAGCUGGAUACCCCAAGGUUCUGCCCCAGUUCCCUGUGCCAGGAUGCACAGGCUCCCUUCUGGGGAGGGGAGAUGGUCCCAAGGAAGGAUUACUCCUGUAAUCCACGCUUGAGGAUCCUUGUAAUCCCCUAGGACAGGACCCGACCAUGGUCCUGCUGACCAGCAGUGUCCCCAUCCUGGUGUUUUCCACUUCCAAACUAUCUAGGACACUUACCUUGUCUGUCCAGGAUAACCACACCAGGAUUUCUAUUCCAAUUUAAGAGACUUUCCCACUUCGAGGGAAAAAAAUUGGUGGAAGUGUGAAUGCCCCCAGGGGAAAGCCCUGUCACUUUGUCCAUCCCAUCCCUGUGCACCCUUCUCACCUCCCAGUCCUUGCAGAAGACUGGCUGAGCUGGUUUGAGCACAUUUAGCAGGACAAGCCUCCAGCUUGCUCCUAGUCAUCUUGCUUCCAUAUUUAUAUCUGACUUGAUGUAUUUUUCACUUCCCUGUUCUUCUGGGAGACCUUCUACUCCUCAGCAUCACUUUUCUUUGUACUCCCCCUUCUUUCCCUUCAGCUGUGUGAGGGCUUUGCAGGAUUGCCCUGUUUGCUCUUUGCUCCAUGUUUUACUCAGACUCCUUUUUUUUUUUUUUUUUUGUCUAGGAUUGGCCUGGUUGUUUGUGUUUGUUUUGGGGGGUUUUUUUACACAUUUCCUCAUUUUCAGAGCAGAUCCAGAGUAGCAGCUUUUCCUGGUGGUUCUCAGACUGUUUCAGGGGGAAUGGCACCGUGUACUGCAUUCAGAAGUUUUAUCCUUAUGUCUUAACCCCCGACACUUCAAUCCAGUCUGCAAGUUGAAGUGUCCCCUUAUUACAGUCUCCCCUAAAAUCCACUGGUUUAGGUGUCUGGUGUUGAUGUGGGAGCACAUUUAGGUUUGCCCUUGCUCUGUUGUCCAUGCAAAGGAACAUGGAGUAAUGGAAUCACAGAAUUCCAGAAUGGUUUGGGUUGGAAGGGACACUUAAACACCAUCUCAUGGGCAGGGGCAUCUUUCACUAGACCAGGUUGCUCAGAGUCCUGUCCAUCCUGACCUUGAAUGUUCCCAGGGAUGAAGCAUCCACCACCUCCCUGGGCAAGCUGUGCCAGGGUUCCACCAUCCUCAUCCUAAAAAAAUGCUGCCUUAUAUCUAAUCUAAAUCAACACUCUUUUAGUCACGCACUGGCUGCUCUCCUGGCACUGCAGGAGGUCGAAUCUGCCUCCCAUAUUUAUUGCAGUUACGCUGUUUGUUCCCCUGCUGGCAUUUCCAGAAGUGAAUGUGAGGUGUAUGUCCCACCUCACUCCCACCAUACCCUCCCCCCAGCCACCUGCUGCUGGUUUAAACCCCCUUUGAUACUGAGGUGAUCAGUGGGUGUCCUUUGCAUCCCAAGAUGUGCUCCGAGUCAAACCAUAGCUAAAUGCCCCCUCCCUGAUCCACUGUCCCAUUGCCACCCUGAGAUUCCAGUUCUCCAGGUGUCCCCUGGGUCUCAUCCCUGGGAAUGGUGGGGCUUUCCUGGGCACCACUGUCUGGAUGUAGCUGCCUGGUCAUCUCUGAUGCUCACAUGGCGUGGCCACAGCAGCCUCUGUGCUGUAGUUGGGUCAUCUCUCUGGAGGUGUGUGAAGCCAGGGAGCAUCAGGACAUCCUCACGGGCUCCCUUAUGGCACACAAAGCCACUGUCCCCAGGCAUCGCUUCCCCCAGAGAGCCUGACCUACUGCCUAACCCCGGUGAUGAGCAAACUGCCAUUUUCUCCCAGCACUUACAAGCUACCUUUGGCUCGUCUUCAGUCUUCACUUGCUCAGCAAACGCCCCCAAACAGGUCAGCACUUUCUUCACAGCAAAGCUAUGCAAGGAAUUUCUCUCCUAAGGCAGCUGGACCCUUUCCAAAGGAGGAGAGCUGCCAAAUUCCCACCCCCCAGUUUUCGGCAGCAAAACAAGGUGCAAAUUUGCCCCCUGGAGGCUUUCUGUUCGCUUCCACUUCUGCUUUUGAUGUCUGCUGGAGGUGGGAAGGGGCCCUCUCCACUCCUCUACCAUGCCAGGGUUGAGUGUCCCAGGGAAAGGGCUGGUUCUGUCCCAGAGAGAACUUGAGGUGUCAGAGCUCUCCCCAGAUGCAGCAGGUAGAAGACACAGAUGUGGUUUUGCAGCUCCCUGUGCUCCCCUCACAAUGCCUUGCUGGGCCAUGGGCACCUCUCUGCUCCUGACAUACUUCACAGGGCUUGGGCAGUUGCCUCCUGUGAUUUAUUUUUUUUUCAUCUCCAAUUGCUUCUCCAUACUUCCUGUUGUAUAUGAGCAUGGCUGUUGCUACAGGAAGGGGGCUGCUGAUCUGGGCUGCGAAUUCACAAUUUUUCUGCCUUCCACUCUCCCUCCCCAAGGCCUCUGCAGAAGGUGCGGCUUCCCCAGCAGGCCCUGCCUGGCCCCCAGCCCCAGGCAGAAAUUAGCUUUCUGGCACAUCACCCCAGCAGCACAGCUGGAUGUUCAUCUGCUUCAUUUCUCUGGCUACAAUUCAUGGGCAGGAAAGUUGGGGCUUUUCUCUGCUGCCCAUCCACUGGGAAGGGCAAAGAGCAUCUCCAGGGCAUGAGACCCUUCUGUGAACAUUUAUAUUACAAGUACCAAGGACUCCUGAAAGCCAAGCACCCAGGAGAGCAUGAGUGAGUCAGCUCUGGGCAUCCAAUGACCCUUUCCAAAGCUCAGUGACCCAGGUGCUCCUGGGAUUUCACAGAAGUGAAGGUACCAAGCAUUGGAGGUACUCUGAGCUCUGGCAGAACCUCUUUGCAAACAGUGCCGAGCUCUUCCUCCUUUCCUGAACCAGCAGGUCACCCCCCAAAAAAUCCAUAAAGUCCUGUCCACACAGGAAAAGGUUGCAGGGAGCUGGGCACCACCACCAUGCAGCCCCCCUCAGCCCCCAUGACAAGGAGCAGCCCCAAGCAGAGCUGUGCCCUCGAGGCACUCAUUGCUCCCCUCUCAAACCUUGGGCCACCCCAAGUGCUGAGUCUCUGAGGGCACUGAGGGGUCUCCUGGCCUCACCUGGGGUCCCCUCCCGCACAUCCCUCAGUCACAGCCCCAGGCACCUGAGCUCAGCCUGGCUGAGCUCUGGGAGGGUGUGUUUAUUGAUGCCUCCGUGUCCAGAUGGACCUUGCACCUGUGCAACAGAGCUUAUCUCACCUGCUGCUUUCUGGUUGCACCCCACACUGCUGUGGUAGAGGCUUGCUCCCUGUCUCCCAAAGGAUACUGAUAGAAAGAACUCCAACACCUCCUAGAGCACUUUCACUGGCACCCUGUCUAUUUUCUGCCAGAGACCCUGCCCAGCUGGCUGCACCCUCCCCGGGGAGGAGGUCGACUGAGGACUCUGGCCUCUUCUUCAUCGUAUGUGCCACCCACGGCACUGCAGUGGGAUACCGGAUCCUGGGAAUUGUCCUCAUCCAUCCUUCGGUGGGAUUGCCCUGCCCUCUGCCGAUCUUCCCACACAUGGGCAGGACACAGACGGCAGUUCCUGGCUGGGAAAAUGUUUGUGGCCAUUUCUAGGGACGAGCUUCCCAGGGAUGCUCACACAGACAACCACGUUUGCACAGUCUGGAGUCAGGACUGGAUCCAGAGGAUGGCCCGCCUGUUUGAAAGGCAGCCUAAGCUGUAAAAUAGGAGAUUUUCCCAGCGGAACACGGCGAGAUCAUUACCCUGCUGCUCAUGCACUAAGUGAGCUGCACCUGUAGUGUCGUCAGUGCUCACCCGGAGCCAGCACUGAGGCACACUGGGAAGUGCCCGUUUGUGAUUUAAAAGGAGGAGAAAAAAAUAGUAAAACUGUCUGUGAAUUUUAAUAAGACUGAAAAUCCAGGGUCUGUUCCUGGAGAGGCAGUGGCCAUGAACAUGAGUUUGUUGAUGGAGAGAUCAUGUUCAUCCAAAGGAAUGUGGAUUGUGGGGAUGUGUUGUUUGAGGAUGGCCCUGCACAGACACUCCAGCAAUCCCACCCUGUGUCUGAGAGUGCUGUCCAAACACUGCUGGAGCUCUGGCAGCCUUCGGGCUAUGUCCAUUCCCUGGGGAGCCUGUUCAGUGCCCCAGGGGGAAGAACCUUUUCCUGAUCUCCAGCCUCGACCUCCCCUGGCACAGCUCCAGGCAUUCACUUGGAUGUUGUUGCUAGUCACAGAGAGUUGUCCCUCCACUGCACCUCAUGAGGAGAGGAUGCAGACCUGUUGAGGCCUCCCCUCAGUCUCCUCCUUCAGGUUUUUUUGGUGUUUUCUUUGGGUGGUGUUUUGUGGUUUUUUGGGGUUUUCUUUUUUUGUUGUUGUUGUUGUGGGGGUUUUGUUUGUUUGUUUGUUUUUGGUUUUUUGGGGGGGUUGUUUGUUUGUUUGUUUUUUGGUUUGUUUUUGUUUUUGUAUCCCAAAGGGUCAGACUGCAACCUCCACAUAGGCUUCUCAUCCUACAGGAGAAAGAGACAAAGAGAUAUAUCAAUCAAAAAUAAGGGCAAACAAGCAGGUAAUCAACACUACACCUGUCUAGGUCAUAGGCACACCACCAAGAUGGGUUGGCUUGUGGGCAACCUCAGUGGCAGUGGAUCCUUUUCAUUGCUUGCUGCAAGAUCAUCACCCUUUGGAAUCUGCUAAGGCAGAACACUCUGAUUUUGGGGUUCCCAAAUGCUCCCCAAUGGUUAUGGAGGGUAAGAACUGUCUGUGCCAGUCAUGCGUCCCAGCGGGGUCAGGAGAUAUCAGCGUGUCUUUUAUUCCUGUUGAGCUCUUUCACAGCUGCCCCACAGCACGGCAGCUUGGCUGGGCUGGGGGAGGCCCCAGGGCACUUGGCACUGUGUGCAGGGGCCCUUUUUGAUGGUGGGCACAGUGGGAAGGGAUGUGGCCCUGUGUCACAGGGCCCUUUGUGACGCAUCACAAGGUGCUGGCCACUGUGUGGCCACAACGUCCAGAGGAAGCAAUGGGACAGGGUGGUGCUACACGGAGGUCCUGUGCAGCCACCUUGUUCCUUGCUGUCCCCAGGCUUCAAUUGUUUUUUUUUCCCAUGUGCCCUUAGGGACAGAUCUCAGUGGGAGAAGGGAGAGACCUUGCAGCAUGGCCUGGAGAAGGAGGAUGCAAACCCUGACAUCACACUGACCACAUGGCCAACACUGACACUACACCCACUCAGAGCAUUACAAACAUGAAGGCUUCUGCUCCCAACCUGGAUUCUUUUGGGGAGAGAGUUGUUUCCCACUCAAAUGAAGUGCCAGAUUUUGUGAGGAACAUGCACCAGAGGCUUGUAUCCAAUGCCCCUCCAGAUAAUAGGAUGUUAAUGGACAUCCUGAGGCUGACUGAGGCACACCCCACUGACGUUGCGGUCACCCUCCUCCGCUGUGCCCCAUCAUGUGACAGAGCUGCUACAAUCAUGUGGAGGAACAUAGCCUCAUCAGGAACAGUACUGGACAAGGUGCUGCCAACACUGCUCUGUGUGCUGGAGGACUGGCCACUGCACAGAGUGGACACUUCAGAUGGGGACAAAACGAGAGUCUUUGCCCUGGCUGCAACCAGGGUGGUUUGGGAGAUUCUCCGCCUGCCCUGGUGCCCAGCACCAUUUAUGGAAUAUUCCCCCCGCCUCCUUGUGGCUCUGCUCUUCCAAGUUUUUGUCAGCACUUUGGAUAGGCCAGAGGAGGUCAAUACCUUCUGGAAGGAAUGCCAGGAGCAACUCAGCCUUCCCACCAGCAUAAACAGGUUUGCAGUGCAGACUGUGAGGGCGCUGUUCCACCAUCUGCGGUGCCUGGAUUUACUGGUGGCAAUGGAACACAAGCAUGGCUGGGACACGCUGCUCUGUGCACACACCCACCAUUAUGCUGUGGGUCUCCUGGCCAGGGAGAUGCGCAAUACCUUGAGCCCCUUGUGUUCCUGCAUUGCACUCCGUCUGCUGGGGUUGCUCAGCUCACAGAAGCCACGCUGGGAUCUGCCUGCCCUGGCGUUCCUUGUGGAGGUGAGCCUGAAGGCCAGCACUGCCUCGCUGAGCUGCCUCCCAGCUCUCUGCCUUCUGCUGCCUGGCACGGUGCCCGUGCCCUCUGCUGCUGCCUGGGCCUAG